AUGUAUAAACUCGAUUUACCCAUCGAUAUUAAAGAAAAAGCAGCUAUUGAACGACGUCGUCGUGCUGAAAAAGAACGUCAAGGACGAAUAUUCAAUGCUAAACAACGGCAAAUCGGGGUUGAUAAAGAAGCAUUGGGUCAACAAAUUCAAGAUCGUGAUUGGAUGAAAGACUUAGAAGAAAAACGAGCAGCUGCAUUUGCUAAAGAUUCUAUUCGGAACGAUACAAUUGCUCAAUUACUUGAACGUCGUCAACAAUUCGAUGAAAGAGAAAACAUCCGUGCUUUAAAUGAAUUUCGUGCUUUACAUCAGCAACCAGAUGCACAACGCGAAUGGGAUUUGAAUGAUCCAGAUUAUUUGAAAAAAGACAUGCCAGCACGUGUAUCUGAUGAUGAUCCACGCUGCGGCUUAGCUAGUUUACAGAAGUUUCAAGGUGAAGAUCUGAAUGCACGUGCUCGAGCUAAAUUUCAGCAAGAACAAUUACGUGAAUGGUCCCUAAUGCAACAAGAAAAUCAAAGACGUGCACAACAGCAACAACAAUCAGCUGAUCAAUUAUUUUUUGCUAAACAAAUCGAAUUAGACCAACGAGCUGUUGAACUCCAACAAGCUGAAGAACAAUGUAGACGAGAUAUUAAUAAAUCCACGCGAAACUACAACGAUGCACUAUUUCGAGAGAACCAAGAACGACGAGCAUUAAAAAAACGUCAAGAAGAUUAUGAUAAUUUUGCUGAAAUGGCCAAUGUGGUAUCAAGUGAUUUAUUAUCGGAGAAUCCUGAUCAAGCUAUAAGUCAAUUUGGUCCUCAUCGUGUUGUUCCCGACCGAUGGAAAGGUAUGACUGCCGAACAAUUACGUCGUAUUCGUGAAGAACAACAAAACCAACUUGAAGAAAAAAAACGUCGUGAUGAAGAAGAGCAACAACGUCAAAAAGAAUGGGAUCAACGACGUAUUGCCGAAGCAAAAGCUGGAAUGAUUGCUGAAAGACAAAUUGAACGUGAACGACGUGCGCAAGAACUUAAUCUAUAUAAUGAUAAUCAGCGUUUAUCAAAUGAACAGCGAAAUCUUAAAGCAUACCUUGAUCGAGUUGUUUAUACAAAUCAACCAACAGCUGCUUACUUUACUCAAUUUAACUCGUCAUCGAGAUAA